UAGAGCCCAUACGCUUACAAAGGGAGAGCGAUUGUCAAAGCUCCCUGUUUACAAUGGAUGAGAGCUUCAGAGUACGGGUGGACAAAGUGUUCGGGUCUCUGACGGAGACCUCCAAUUUGAGUUCACUCUGGUGUUUAACCGACGAUGAAAUUGAGAAAAGGGAAUGGAAUAGGGAUACCCCAUCCCGCGACCUACUCGACUUUGAUUCCAAACCCUGCCCUCCCCAUAUUGACGGCUUCUUCUCCAAGUCCCCCCAAACCCUAGAUUUUCCCAAACAGCUCCACUCCGAUCUGGAACAGCUCAGCGACGGCCAAGAACCAGAUGAUGCGGAUAUCCGGGCCGGCAUUGGUUUAGAUUGCACCCUUGACUAUGAGGAGGAAGAAGACGAGUUUGACAAAGUGGCCCUCGAUACGGAAAAGGAGAAGCAGCAGCCUAGUGACCGCUUGUACACGCGGGAGGUUUCUGACUACGGAAUUUCUGCAGACACAGACCAUGAGCUUCCUCUUACUCUCCAUGACAUUACGAGAGAUCCUCGUGCUAAUCACGAGGCCGCCAAGCUCAGACUCAAGGAAGAUGCGGAGGCUGCCCUGAGAGAAGGUCAUUUAGGUUCCAAGCCACCUACUGUGUACAAGACUCAAGGUCAGAAUGAUGCACAUUCUCCUAAAAAACUCAAGUUCAAGGAAGAUUAUAACUUGGUCCCUAUUUCAUCCAUUCCAGAUUAUGUAAGGAAUCCAUCCAAGUAUACUUGCUAUACACUUGAUGUCUCGGAUGAUAUGGAUGAAGAAUCCAAUAGAAAAGCUUACAUGGACUUUCUCAGUCUAAUGAAGAAGGGAUCGCACGUGUAUAAUGAUAGCUCCACUAUUUUUGAGAAAUCGCCCACAUUUAACCUGAGAAUGAAGCAGCCUGUUGUUACCUUCAACAAACAGGGCGUUAAGGCAGAGCAAAUGCAAGUGAAAAAAACAGUUCCCCUUAGUAUUGUUACCAUGGAAUCCGAUAAUGCUGCCAUGGAAGAAGAUGAAUCGUCUAUUGCAGCCGAUAGAGCUAGACCUGGAAGUUUGCAUAAGCCUGGCAAACGUUAUAGAACUAGGGCCACUAUGAUGGAUACUGAUGACUGAAAUGUUUG